AUGUCAGCUAAAAUUAAUUGUAAAAUUGUCGUUGUUGGACUUGGUGCCGUUGGAAAGACUGCUCUCAUAAUUCAGGAUUAUAAUCCAACUAUAGAAGACGUAUAUCGAGGACAAGCAGUAAUUGAUAAUAAACCAUGUAAUCUAGAAGUACUGGAUACUUCAGGUCAAGAAGAGUAUUAUAGAUACCGUGAUAUGUCGAUCAGUGAUGGUGACGCUUUUAUUAUUGUCUAUGCUAUCAAUUGUCGUGAUUCAUUUGAAUGCGUUAAAAUGUUUCGAGACCAAAUACUACGUGUCAAAGACUCUGACAAAGUCCCAAUUAUACUUGUUGGUAAUAAAUGUGAUAAAACUGCUGCGCGAGAAGUUACAAUUGAAGAAGGAAUGAAUAUGGGAAGGGAAUUUGAUUGUGAAUAUAUUGAGACUUCAGCAAAACAAUGUAUAAACGUGGACAGAUCAUUUCACACAGUUGUUCGAACGUUUAGAGAGAUGAGAAAUGGGAGAAAAAUCAAAACAAUGAUGUCAUUAUCAAAAAAGGAUGGAAUAGAAUCCUUUAAUACAUCUAAAGAUCCUAUUUAUCUUUAUGAUUAUAGUUCUUUUGGUGAUUUAACAGUUAUUGAUGAUGGAGCAUUUGGAAAAAUUUCUCGUGCAUUUUCAAGAGGUCAUAACAAACUUGUGGUGUUAAAAUCUGUUGAUUUAAAACAUUUUACUCUUGAGCAGCUUGAUAACGAGGAAGAAUUACGUAUUUUAUUAUUCAAUAUAAUUUUUGGCGCAAGAGAAACAAUAGUAAAGGGAACUCCGAUAAAAUAUGCAGAAAUAUAUAAAGCGUGCUGGAAAGAAAAUCCAAAUCUUCGUCCCGACAUAACUCAAGUUAUGAAAGAUUUAAAUAAUGUAGAUAUAAAUGAUACUAUCGAAGAUAUAGACAAAUAUUAUAAUGAAAAUGGAGGAUAUAACCAAUUUGAUUUUAAUUUAACCGGACACAAUAAUAAUGUAUUAAAAAGCGAUGAUUUAUCAUGCUCAAGGGAUAUUUCAAGCUUAAUACUAGAGAGAAUUAAUAGUUUAGAAAGGCAGUUUGGUAACCUUGGUAAUACUGAAUCAAAUCAAGAUGAUCAAAAUUUAUAUCAUAAGAAAAGUUGGUGUAAAUGUCUGAUACUUUAG